UUUCCCACGUAUGUCUCUGUGGGUGUGAUGGAGCUCAGUAAGUAGUAGCAGGGCACUGUGUUGGACAGUGUGCAGACUACAGCAUGGCUAUGCUGCCGACCUGGCUUUAACCAUCGACUGACACCAAACACGCACACAGGCAAAAAAUAUAGAAUUUUCAUAUGUGAAGAAAUAUACAGGCUUGAAGAGUAUUCUGGAGGAAGCUGACAUGAUGCAUAGACGUGAAAGGUGACCCAAUGGGAGCCAGAGUGGUGUUUGGAAGUCCUGGGAUAAUUACAUUCAACGUGUUAUUCUUUUUCACUUUAUACAUUAUUUAAAAGGAAGACAGUGAGGGUCAGACGGUGAAGGUGAAUGGCUAAGGAAGGAAAUAUCAAAGACAAGAAAACAAGGAUAGUGCUUAGUUCCCCUUCUCAGUGAUCAAAGACUUAUAGCAAGCAAAUUCACAGCAGUUGCUUCCUCUGUAGUAAGAACUCAAUCAAAUCUGUGAGACCAUAAAGCUUCACAAUAGUCAAUGCCAUAUGCUACUUUUAAUUGGACUGGCUUUAAAAGAGAGCUUGUGCUCUAAAUGAAGAAGAAAAAACAUUUCAGAGUCAUGCCCCUCAUUACUUAGGUUUACUCAAAUGAACGUAACCCUUGAUUAACAAAUACUUGGGGAAGAAAAAGGCCAGCUGUUAGCAGAUAUGAACGACAACGUGAGCUCCAGAAUCGACACCCCAACCAACAUCUCUCUGAGUCCUAGUGUCGCCAUCUCGGAGUCAUUGGAGUUCAAGACAGUGUCCGUGUUUCUGGUCCUGCUGGUGUGCAGUAUUGGCAUCGUGGGCAACAUUAUGGUGGUCCUCGUGGUAUUCACCACUCGCCACAUGAAGACACCAACCAACUGUUACCUAGUCAGCUUGGCUAUAGCCGACCUGACGGUGCUGGUGGCAGCGGGGCUGCCCAACGUGUUGGACAGUCUCAUAGGCACAUGGGUUUUUGGCCAUGCUGGCUGCCUGGGGAUCACCUACCUUCAGUACCUAGGCAUCAACGUGUCCUCUUGCUCCAUCACCGCCUUCACCGUGGAGAGGUACAUAGCCAUCUGCCAUCCAAUGAAGGCUCAGACAGUGUGCACAGUGUCCCGGGCCAAGCGGAUCAUUGCAGGGGUUUGGAUCUUCACCUGUAUCUACUGCAUGCUGUGGUUUUUCCUGGUGGACAUUCAGGUUAGCCAGGACGGACAUGUGCAGUGUGGCUACAAAGUGAAACGGGAGCUCUAUCUGCCCAUCUACCUCAUUGACUUUGCCAUUUUCUACGUCAUCCCGCUGCUCCUCGCCAUCGUGCUGUAUGGCCUGAUAGCACGGAUCCUCUACCUCAGCCCCCUGCCCAACCAUCCAGACACCAGCGCCACUACACUGCGUUGGAGCUGCCGGGAAGUGUCUGAAGCAGGAAAGGGGGGUCGCCAGGGCCGGCCAAAGAGCACGCUCUCCUCCAGGAAACAGGUGACUAAGAUGCUGGCAGUAGUGGUGAUCCUAUUCGCUUUACUGUGGAUGCCCUACCGGACUUUAGUUUUGAUCAACUCUUUCGUAGCAACACCCUAUCUGGAUGCCUGGUUCCUCCUGUUUUGUCGGACAUGCAUCUAUGCUAACAGUGCUAUAAAUCCUGUGAUAUACAAUGUCAUGUCUCAGAAGUUUCGCUCAGCAUUUCGCGGGCUUUACCGUUGCCAGCGGCCAGAGAUAAAUCAGAGGACGCUGUCGGUGGUCCAGUCUGGCUUCAGCACUGUCCGAGACCCCCCAGCCUCACAGGCCAAUAACAAUGGAACCGAUGAAAAGGCAGGGAGAGCCAUCCUGAGUACUGCAACUGAUAUGACUACAAAGCAGAAUGGAAGCAGUCAUCAGGAGACAGCAACAGUUAAUGACAAGAACGCAGACCAUCCCAUCAACAUAAGCUCAGAUACUUUCAGCUUUGGUGUGGAUCCAACUGGUGAUGAGGAGAUGGAUUGGCCUACAAAUAAUACCACAGUGAAUUUUGGACACAGACAAACAACAAACGAUCAGCAAGAAAACGUGUAAAUAUGUCCGUAUCACCAUAUUGUAGGUGUGUGGUUGAAUAACUAUUCAACUGAGCUUUUUCCAUCCGGUGACAAAACAGCUGUGGAUUACUCACGGGCAGAAACUACUUGACACAAGAGAAAAGAAACUUUUGACCAGCAUUUAUUUCAUGAUUCAAAAGCGGUAGCUUUUGCCUUGACUACUGAGGUCACAUAAAAAGAGAUGAAAGAGAUGAUGAGUAAAUGGCAUAAUUCACACUGUGGUAUAGAAGCAUUUCUUUGGCCACAAAAUCUUAUCAAAAUUCCAUGUCAAAAUGUUAGUUUUAAAUGAAAGUUUUCUUUUUAACUCUAAUUAAUUUAUAAGCUAUUAUUAUUCUACACUUUUACCCUCUAAAAAUACACAGCGAACUGGUUCUCAUAAUGAACCAAGACCAUAAAUGAA